AGUCUUUCUCUUGACAGCUGGUUUCUCCUCUGGUCUGGUCUGGUUUGGGUGCUGGUUGUCUGUUCACCUCACUCUCUCUCACACUAUAUAACCUAAACACUCUCCCUGCGAGACUUGCAGAGCAGAGUCACUUGGAACUAGUGCACCUGGAAGGGGUCCUGAACUUGGAUUAGGUUUUUUAAUCAAUUUUCUGGUUUGUUUUUCUGGACCUUGCAAGUUACAUCAUCUUUUACAGCUGUUUUGUGGAGUUUUUUGUGGAGUUUCUGAAGGUCUAACAAUGAAAGUGAGCCAAGUUCUGCUCCUAUGCACAUUUACCCUGCUGCAGGAAUGGACAUUAUGCACGGGUGAAGUAGAGGAAGAAAACUCAGCACCAGCCAAAACUGUGAAUCCCUGUUGCUACUACCCCUGUCAGAACCGUGGCGUCUGUGUGAGGUAUGGGCUGGAAGGAUAUGAAUGUGAUUGCACCAGAACUGGGUACUAUGGACAAAAUUGCACUAACCCUGAGUUCUGGACCAGAAUCUAUGAGUUCCUGAGGCCAGGCCCCGAUUUCACCCACUACAUCCUGACCCACUUUCACUGGCUGUGGGAUAUCAUCAAUAAAACCUUCCUGAGGGAAUGGCUCAUGCGCGUGGUGCUUACAGUGCGAGCCAACUUAAUUCCCAGCCCUCCCACCUACAACUCCAAAUAUGACUACGUGAACUGGGAGACCUAUUCCAACAACACCUACUACACCCGAAUCCUGCCCCCAGUGCCUCUGGACUGCCCUACACCUAUGGGGACUAAAGGGAAAACCGAGCUUCCAGACCCCAAGCUGAUGGUGGAGAAGUUCAUGUUGAGGCGGAAAUUCAGGCCAGACCCUCAGGGAACUAAUUUAAUGUUCGCCUUUUUCGCUCAGCAUUUCACCCACCAGUUCUUCAAGACACACAAUCGGGUGGGGCUGGGCUUUACGAAAGCGCUCAGUCAUGGGGUGGAUGCUGGACAUAUCUAUGGAGAUAACCUUGAUCGACAGCUAGGCCUAAGACUCCACAAAGAUGGGAAGCUGAAGUACCAGAUCAUAAAGGGAGAGAUGUACCCCCCCACCGUGGCAGAGUCAAACGUGAAUAUGAGUUACCCUCCAUCAGUCCCUCCAGAACAGCAGAUGGCCAUAGGCCAGGAGGUGUUUGGGCUGCUGCCAGGUCUAAGCAUGUACGCCACCCUGUGGCUGCGGGAGCACAACCGUGUCUGUGACAUCCUGAAGGAAGAGCACCCCACCUGGGGAGACGAGCAGCUGUUUCAGACCACCAGACUCAUUAUUAUAGGUGAGACUAUUCGGAUUGUGAUCGAAGACUAUGUGCAGCACCUGAGCGGCUACUACCUGAAGCUAAAGUUUGACCCGACCCUGCUCUUCCGGGCGCAGUUCCAGUACCAGAAUCGCAUCUCUGUGGAGUUCAACCAGCUGUACCACUGGCACCCUCUCAUGCCUGACAGCUUCUUGAUAGACAGAGAUGAGAUCUCCUACUCUCAGUUCAUCUUCAACACCUCCAUCCUCACAGACUACGGUGUGGAGAAACUGGUCCAAGCUUUCUCAACCCAGGCAGCAGGACAGAUCGGAGGUGGUUAUAACAUCCCCAAAGUUGUGGCGAGAGUCGCUGAAGGAGUAAUUAAAGAAUCCAGAGAACUUCGUUUAAGGCCUUUCAAUGAGUAUCGCAAGAGAUUCAACCUGAAACCAUAUACAUCUUUCUACGAGCUUACAGGUGAUAAAGAAAUGGCCCGCGAGUUGGAGGAGCUCUAUGGAGAUAUUGAAGCCUUGGAGUUCUAUCCAGCUCUGCUGCUGGAGAAAACCCGACCUGGUGCUAUAUUUGGAGAAAGCAUGGUGGAAAUGGGAGCACCGUUUUCUUUGAAAGGCCUUCUGGGAAAUCCUAUAUGUUCACCAGAGUACUGGAAGCCCAGUACAUUUGGGGGAAAAACAGGAUUCGAUAUAGUCAACUCCGCAACACUGGAGAGGCUGGUGUGCCUCAAUGCUAAAUGGUGUCCGUACGUGUCCUUCCACGUUCCUCCCCCUGGCUCCCAUCGACGAGAGGAGUCAAGCGAGUCUCGUUCUGAGUUAUAGCCAAAAAGGACAAUAAGAAAACUGUCCCAUGCAGACUAUGCUGUCAGGACUGCUCUGUCAGACUUCACCCAAUGAUGAAUGUUUACACGUCUGCAGACAGAAAUUUAUUGAUAUAAUAAACUAGACUAUUGAUAUCUCCAGUAAAUGUGGUAAAUAAGCUUAGUACAGCUUAUUUAUAUAAAGGUUAAAUGUAACAGUGAUGAAUGUAUUGAGAUAAAAGCCAGUUAAUAACAACUAACAGUAUAAAAAAAAAAAAAAAAGGCCAGUCUUGGGACAAGUGUCCCCAAUGCACUGUAGAAUUAUGAUCUUCAUAAUCUGGGGAAAAAAAAGCAACAUAAGACCACCAUGAAGCAGCCAUGAAGACAUGAAAGAGCAGAUUGUUAUCCGAAUGCUCUUUUUAGCAGUUUAAGAUUAGUGACUGUAGCAAAACAUGGACAAAGAAGUAUCUUUUAAAAGUAGUCAACACAGGUUUAGCGCCUCUGCUGGCUGGUUGCAGUAUGAUGUUUAGCUCCACCCAUCCUAAUAUGUUUCAAGAACAAAACAGCCUAAAUGUCUUUCCACAUAUUUUUUUAUUAAUUCCCCCAGAAAUUAUUUUUUAUCAUUCUAAUAUGCUGCAAGAAGUCAGGGUUACAUUUAGGUAACCCAUGAUCUUCCACAUUACAUGGAGUAGUUGAGUUGAGUAGUUGAGGCAACUAGCUAAUUAAUCAUACUGUAGCGUCACCAGAGGCAGAGUAACAAGACUAAAUCAUACUCCAACUAAGCAACUUUACUUGAACAUAAAUCAAGAGCACAAAACGGCUUCCUAUUAGCAAUAAUUUCUUAUUUUUAUAUAGUGGCUCCACUCUAAUCUCACCCUAAAGAGUGGUCAAUAAAGCUCUUUCAGUGUAGUUACUGCAACAAAUUAAAGCCGCACAUAAAAACACAUAACCUAACCUCUAAAAAUUAACAUAUAAACCAGUAAAUAACCGCAACCAAAGAAAAAGAACUGAUGCCAAGCAUACUAAGAGCUCCCCUGUUAGUGUAAAAUGGCCAAUGUGAUCAAUUUUAAUGCUUUUAGCCAGUCUGCUAGCAUUAGUGCAGUUUUAAACAGUAUUUGAAAUCUGAGCUGAAUCAAAAUACAGUUUAAAGACAGUUUUUUUUUCUCUUUUAAAUGCCACUGGUAUGUUUUGACACUCUUACAGUAGCUUGGUGGUUUGUUUAACUUGGAUCACAGUAGCUUUGGUUUGUCUCAGCGGAAAACAAAGUAAACUGAGCUUAGCUCUGUUACUGUCAUGUCAUGUAAUUUUCUAGACUGGUUUGUAAAUUUUAUACUGUUUUAUACUGUGCUAAAAUAUGUGAACUGCACUUUUACUGUUAAUUAGUGCAAGCUGCUCUGAAAGCUCAACAAAGGCAGUCUGAGACUCUUAGUCUGGGAAAAGAGAGUGGGCCAAUCAAAUUAUUAGGCAUGUAUGGGGCCAACUCUGGUAUUUUACUGCACAAAUUUGUACUGAUUUCACAACACAACAUCCAUGUUUUUCUACAGUCAUUGUUUUAGGUGAUCAAGGCUACAGUGCUUUUAAAAAGUAGUUAUUAGAAGGUUUGUUUUUUGAAGUUUUAACUCCUGAUUUUAGUCUUUAAGAGGUUUUAGAGAUAAAAGUAUUGUUCAUUAUUGAACAGGGCCGUAUUCAGACCUGACAAAACCAGACAUUAGUCAGCGUUGAGUUGAGGUCAGGGUUCUAGAGCUCAGUAAGUGAUAUUCUUUAUUCUUUUGCCUAAGAACAUACACUGAUCAGCCAUAACAUUAGUACCACUGACAGGUGAAUAACAAGUGAAUAACAUUUGAUUAUAAUUAUAAUGGAAAAGUGGUCUAGCCUAAGAUUCUUUGACAAGACCACUGGGUCAGAACAUCUCCAAAACAUCAGGCAGGGCAUUGUGGGGUGUUCCUGAUAUGCAGUGAUUAGUCAGUACAUACCAAAAAUGGUUCUUGAAAAUGUAACUGGUGAAUCUGUGGUGGUGUUAAUGUUAUGUCUGGUCAGUCUAUCAUGAUACAUGUGCUGUACAUUUUUUUUACCUUCUAGUUUACCGUGAAAUAUGAUGCCAAAGGAUUAUAGUCUACCAUCAUCUGCUGUUAAUCACAGUAUUCCGUCCAAAUAAGCAGCAGAGAUUCUUCAGUCAUGUCAGAAGUAUUAGUAUGUGGGAUGUUUAAAGUGUUUGAUGGGUUAUUAUGUCUGUUAAAGGAUGCACUGGUUAACUUUAGGGUUAAAGAUGAUCUGUUAGGACCAAUUGUUUGUGUUAAGUUCACUGAAUUAUUGCUGUUAUUGUGGUCAAUUGAAUUGUUACUUCAACUGCACAUAAAAAAAAUCAAAAAGCUAAUUGUGCAGCUGGAGCCUGAGAGAGUACAAUUAAUCGGCCUUGCUCUCUCUGGGUGGGUAGAUGGUGCUUUGACCCGUCAUAACUACCACUGUGAUGCUGGCUGGCACAGGCGUCUGUUGGCUGAUGUAUCGGAGCAGGGGAUGUGGUGCUUUCCUCCCAGUGCAUCAAUGGAGUUAUGUGCUUGUCCUGUCCCUCCUAGUGUUGGGAACAUUGCAAGUGAUAGGGUUAGUGCCAGUGGGUAGUUGGGUUAAUUGGCUGAGCUAAAUUAGGGAGAAAAAUGGGUAAACAUGUAAAAAUAAUGUAAUAAAUUAAUAAAAAGCAGACAAUGUGUGAUUACUGGAUUGAAGAAAAGUCAAAUAAAUAUAUGGGUUGUAA